AAAAAAAAAAAGAUAAAAUUGAAUGGUUGAGUAACAAAAAAAAUUACUGAUAAUUGGGUGACCAUUUCGUGAUAAAAAGGAAACUUAGGUGAGUAUUAGUGCAAUUUACCCCGUGGAUUAAUGCAGCAAACUGUUUAUAUUGGGCGUGCGAACCCAGAAAGAGGAGGAGGGAAGAAGAGUGUAGAGAAAGGGAGAUAAACAGAACAAGGAGCGCUGAUUGAAACAACAACGCCAAGCCAUCCUCUCUUCUCUCUCUUUCUCUUCAGAACCCAGUCUCUUAACUUCUGAUUCACUACUUUUCGUUUCUCUCCUCUUGGGGGGAUUAGGGUCCAACAAACCCCAUGAAUUUAAUCCCCUCCCAACAAUCUUAGGGGCUGUAAUUCUCCUAUAACAUGCAUAAUUUUUGCGGAAAAAAGAGACCCGCCAUCAAUCUCAACCUCUUCACCUCUUUAUCGCACUCUUUUUUCUGUCUAAACCCCACUAAACCCCCAAGCAACUUUCAAUAUGGUGUAGUUGGGCUAGGCAUAGUGGCAGCUAUGACUGAUUCAACCCAUACACACCAAUCUAUUUGUUUUGCUCCAUCCCCAAGAUCCACCCCCAUACCUAUAGUCUCAUCUGUUAAAGCAGCUCCCAGUUUCGGAGGUGGCUUUAACUCCGAGAAGUUUGAUGAAUUAUCUGACAACGAAACUUUUGUAAUUUCUCAUUUUGGCGAUAAAUUGAUCAAGAAUCAGUUCGGUUUUGGAGAUGACAACAAGAAUUGCAGUGGGUUUACUGCUGCUCCUUCGCCUAGGAAAAACAAUAUGGGUCAGUUCAAGAGGGAGUUUUGGAGUGAUGGCUUUUUGACUUCUUGUCAUCUUUGCAAGAAGGAACUACAUGGUUUGGAUAUUUUCAUGUACAGAGGGGAGGAAGGAUUUUGCAGCGCGGAUUGCCGUGACAAGCAAAUUAGAAGUGAUGAUCACAAACAAAUAUGUGCGCUUGAUUGCUCCCAGCCUGCCCCACACGUGUUAUUUUCCGAGGUCGCCGCUGCAUAACUACUACCACUGCAUCAUACUUAAUGAAUAAACAAACAAAUAAAGGAGAAUGGGCAACUUGGCAGAAUUUUGGAGGCUUUCCGUUUCAGUUUCAGCAUCUCUAAGGACAAAUAGAUAGAUGAUAUUUCCUUUUCCAUUCUGAAAGAGAACUUAUUUCACCAAGCUUUAAAUCUUAUCGUAUGUAGGAAAGGAAAAUCUUAGUAUAGUUUUUGUACUCAUUUUAAUAUAUCCCAAUGAUAGCUUGUAAAAAUAUAA